AUGGUAGAGAAGCGGUCCGGCUGUCGACCAACCCCUUCGUUUAGCCUCCACCGCCGAGCCUGUCCUCGCACCAGCCACACGGGAGAGGAGGAGGGGGAUUUGCGGCUGAGCCUGAUGACAGAGGAAAUGAGCAGCAAUGGCGGGUUUGUGCCUCCGGACGGCUUAUGCUGGGUGUCGAUUCUGUCCUGCUUACUGCUCGCCUGCUCCUACGUGGGGAGCCUGUACGUGUGGCGGAGUGACCUACCGAGGGAUCACCCAGCUGUGAUAAAGAGGCGCUUCACAAGUGUACUGAUUGUAUCUGCCCUGUCACCCCUCUUUGUGUGGGCAUGGAGGGAAUUCACAGGAGUCAGGCCUGGCCCGUCUCUGCUGGCUCUGAUGGGGAUUCACUUGGAGGGCCUGAUUCCUGCGGUCGUACUGCCUCUGCUGCUGACCAUGGUGCUGUUCCUGGGCCCCCUCAUCCAGCUGGCCAUGGACUGUCCCUGGAGCUUCAUGGACGGCCUGCGGGUGGCCUUCGACCCCUGGUUCUGGACGUUGUGCUUCAGUGACAUGCGCUGGCUGAGAAACCAGGUGGUGGCGCCGCUGACUGAGGAGCUGGUGUUCCGAGCCUGCAUGCUACCCAUGUUGGUGCCCUGCGCCAGCCCUUCAACCGCCAUCUUCACCUGCCCACUCUUUUUUGGAGUAGCCCACUUCCACCAUGUGAUUGAGCUGCUGCGCUUCAGACAGGGGACCAUGUCGGGGAUCUUCCUUUCAGCAGUGUUCCAGUUUUCCUACACAGCCGUGUUUGGAGCCUACACUGCCUUCAUAUUCAUCAGAACAGGUCACCUGGUGGGCCCGGUUCUGUGUCACUCCUUCUGCAACUACAUGGGUUUCCCUGCCAUCAGCACAGCCCUGGAGCACCCGCACCGCCUCACCGUCCUCUCCUGUUACCUGCUCGGGGUCUUUCUCUUCCUUCUCUUCCUUUUUCCCCUCACAGACCCGGUCUUUUAUGGCCUUCCCACCCCUGUUUGUACCCUGGCCUCCUCCCCAAGCGUGCUAUGUGUCUCCUGACCCUUGUCGACUCUUGGCAAUGUCACCUCCUCAGACCCGGUGGACCACUGCCACCGCCUCGACCACCAGCGUAACGGAGAUAUCAGAACUUCUUACAGGAUUGUUGGGUGAUGUCAUGUCACGCCAGGUCCGCUCUGUACUGUCAGUGCUAACAGCCAUGUAGCUACGCUACUCUACGCUGCCGCAGGGCAGUAAGGGUAUCAAAUGGCCAUUCUCUACCGCAUGGUAAACCUUAGGCAGUAAA